AUUCCAUUCCAUUCUACAAACUCUUUGUUGCAUUCUCACUUUCACUUUGUGAGUUACAACUCAGAACAUAUAUGGCUGAGGCUGUCCUUCAAAUUGCGCUUGAUAAUUUGAACUCACUCAUUCAAAAUGAGGUGGGACUUUUUCUGGGCUUCGAUGAAGAGGUGAAGAGGUUUCGCAGCAUUCUCAGUGCAAUCAAGGCCACUCUUGAAGAUGCUGAGGAGAAGCAAUUCUCAGACAGAGCUAUCAAGGAUUGGCUUCAAAAGCUGAAAGAUGCAGCUCACAUGCUCGAUGACCUCUUGGACGAGUGUGCCACUCAAGCUUUGGAGAUGGAGUACCAAGGAUUCAAUUGUGGACCAUCACACAAGGUACAAAGCUCUUGCUUAUCCUCUUUUCAUCCCAACCAUGUUGUUUUCCGUCGCAAAACUGCUAAGAAAAUGAAGAUGAUAAGCGAGAGAUUGGAUCAAAUUGUUGAAGAAAGGAUUAAGUUUCAUUUGACUGAGACGGUCACAGAGAGAAGAACUGGUGUCAUUGACUGGCGCCAAACCACCUCAAUUAUUACUCAACCUCAAAUCUAUGGAAGAGAAGGAGAUAGGGAUACAAUUUUAGACUUUUUGGUUGUUGAUGCUUCUGGUUUUGAGGAUUUAUCUGUGUAUCCGAUAGUUGGUCUAGGUGGACUUGGCAAAACAACACUUGCCCAACUCAUCUUCAACCAUGAGAGGGUAGUCAACCAUUUUGAGCUUAGAAUUUGGGUAUGUGUUCCAGAAGAUUUCAGUUUGAAGAGAAUGAUGAAAGCUAUCAUGGAAUCUGCAUCUGGGCAUUCCUGCGGGGAUAUGGAUCUAGAGCCACUGCAAAGAAGACUUCAGGAUCUACUCCAACAAAAAAGAUAUUUGCUUGUUUUGGACGACGUGUGGGAUGAUAAACAAGAGAAUUGGCAGAGGUUGAAAUCUGUAUUGGCUUGUGGAGCAAAGGGUGCAUCAAUUUUGGUCACUACUCGUCUUUCGAAGGUUGCAGAAAUCAUGAAAACAUCGCCUCCUCAUGAUUUAUCAUUGCUAUCUAACAAUGAUUGUUGGGAAUUGUUUAAACAACGAGCUUUUGGACCAGAUGAGGUAGAACGAGAAGGCCUUGUGGUCGUAGGGAAGGAGAUAGUAAAGAAGUGUGGUGGCGUGCCUCUUGCAGCAAAAGCACUAGGAGGUUUUUUGCGCUUUGAAAGAGAGGCAAAGCAAUGGCUCUAUGUCAAGGAAAGCCAUCUAUGGGGUUUACAAGAUGAGGACUCUGUCAUGCCUGCCUUGAGAGAUGAGGACUUUAUCAUGCCUGCCUUGAGAUUAAGUUACUUGAACUUGCCAGUAAAAUUGAGACAAUGUUUUGCCUUCUGUGCAUUAUUUCCCAAAGAUACAGUAAUAGAUAAGCAAUUUCUAAUUGAACUUUGGGUGGCUAAUGGAUUCGUCUCAUCUAAUCAAACAUUGGAUGCAGAAGAUAUUGGCGAUAAGGUGUGGAAUGAGUUAUAUUGGAGAUCAUUCUUUCAAGACAUUCAGACAGAUAUAUUGGGCAAAAUCACAAGUUUCAAGAUGCAUGAUCUUGUUCAUGAUCUUGCUCAAUCUGUGGCAGAAGAGGUUUGUUGCAUCACAGAUGAUAAUAAUAAUGUAACUAGUACGCCCGAAAGAAUUCGCCAUCUCUCAACUUAUAGGUGGAAGUCAUUUUGUUUGCACGAAGUCAAAGCCUUGAAGACCUACAUAGAGCGGUAUCAUAAUGAUCGCCAACUUCCAUCUCAGGUAUGGAAAUGUUAUUCUUUGCGUGUGCUUCAGAGCAAGAGGCUAAGCAAUUUGUCGGCUUCGAUUGGUCAUUUAAAACAUCUACGGUACUUGGAUAUUUCUCACGGUUGCUUCAAAACUCUUCCGAAAUCCCUUUGUAGGAUAUGGAAUUUGCAGAUUUUGAAAUUAGACUAUUGUCAUGAUCUAAAAAAGUUGCCCAAGAGUUUGAUACGCCUGAAAGCUCUACAACAUCUUGGAUUGAAGGGUUGCGACUCACUAUCAAGCUUGCCCUCUCAGAUAGGGAAGUUGACUUCGCUAAGGACUUUAAGCAAGUACUUUGUUGGCAAGGAAAGAAGGUUUCUUUUGGCAGAAUUGGGACGACUGAACCUUAAAGGAGAGCUUCACAUCGAGAACCUUGAAGGAGUAAAAAGUGUGAUGGAUGCCAAAGAUGCCAAUAUGUCGAGUAAGCAACUGAAGAGAUUGGUGCUGUCAUGGGGCAGAAAUGAAGAGUCCGAAUUACAGGAAAAUGUUGAGCAGAUUCUUGAAGUGCUUCAACCUCAUACCCAACAACUUCAAACGUUGCGUGUAGUAAGAUUUCCAGGUGCCCGUUUCCCACAAUGGAUGUCUUCUCCUUCUCUCAAAUAUUUAAAUUACUUAGAACUCAUGCAUUGCAAAAGCUGUUUACACCUUCUGCAGCUGGGGAAACUACCUUCUCUAAAGAGUCUAUGUAUAUCCAACAUGAGUCGUGUAAUGUACCUGCAAGAGGAGUCCUAUGAUGGUGGAGUUGCGAUAAGUUUCAUGGCUCUGGAAACUCUGGAACUGGAGGAGCUGCCAAACCUGAUAAGGUUAUCAAGUGAGGAUGGAGAAAACAUGUUCCCGCUCCUUUCAACACUUCGAAUUAGUGAAUGUCCUAAAUUGUUGGGCUUGUCUUGCCUUCCAUCUCUCAGUGAACUACAUAUAAUGGGGAAAUGCAACCAAGAUUUACUAAUUAGUUCAAUUCAUAAACUCGGUAGUCUUGAAUCCCUUUAUUUCAUUGCAAAUGAAGAGUUAACUUGCUUCCCUGAUGGUAUGCUAUGAAACCUUACUUCUCUGAAGAAACUGCACAUUUAUUCGAACUCUAGACUUGAGGUACUCCCAACUGAAAUGGCUAACCUUAAUGCUCUCCAAGCAUUGUAUAUUAAUGAUUGCGACAGCCUCAAAUCAUUGACGGAUGAAGUAUUGCAAGGAUUGCACUCUCUCAAGAUAUUAUAUAUUGUGCGGUGCCCUAAGUUCAAAUUGUCAGCAGGUUUUCGAUAUCUAACUUGUCUUGAGGGAUUGACGAUUGAGGGCUCCUCAGAGGUUGAAGAUUUGCAUGAGGCUUUACAGCAUAUGACUGUUCUGCAAACAUUAGAAUUGCGUGAUCUACCAAACCUAGGAUCCCUGCCUGACUGCUUGGGAAACAUUGGCCUGCUUCACACAUUAGUUAUUUCAGAAUGUCCCAAGUUGAUGUGUCUUCCAAUGAGCAUUCAACGCCUUAGCUGUCUGAAAACAUUGAAUAUUGGGGGUUGCCAUGAGUUAGGGAAUCGAUGUCAGAAGGAAACAGGGGAGGACUGGCCAAAAAUAGCUCACGUUCAGUAUUGUCAUGUCUGAAAAGAGGUGAUUUUUCUUUUGGAAUCAUUUCAGAACUCCGUGGUGAACUUUGAGAAUGACAAUGUCAAGAUGGUUACAGCAGGUGGCGUCUGAAGACUGCAUUGUCUGCAUCUUUCAGCUAAGUUAGGAAUAAAGUUUAGUCUUAAGUUUUUGCAGACAAUAUGUACAUGUACAAUCUUCAUAGAUUUGUAUUAUUUGCUCCUUUGUUAAUUUGAUCUCUUUUAUUUUCCUGUCAAUGUAUUAAAAAGUGCAUAUUCAUGACUUUAAUUGGUAGGAGAGGUUCGACUUCUAAAAAUGCUGUCAGGUUUAUAGGGAUAUAUAUUGAUGUCAUUUGUCUGCUAUUGUGCCACGUGUUAACUAGGAUGAUGGGUAGAAUGGCAGAGGCCUUGUGAACCAACAAGAGAAAGAGAGAAACGGGGAUAAGAAGAGGUUCAGUGAGGGAGAGUGACAUUGGUGGUAAUUUUGUGAGGUUAGAGAUCUUGAUAUUCAGAUAAUGAAGAAGGGUCUCCUUGUAGCACUUUUGUGUCUUUUCUU